AUGCAGGCAAAGUAAAGAAGUGAAGUUGCAUCUGAAGAUAUUUAACAAUACCAAAUUCUUUGCGCCAUCAACUAAGAACGUGUCUUUUUUCGCUAUGAUCCGCGCUAAUCUGUGUAUAUAGCCAUAACUUAAAUACAUCACUCAUGGCUGCUGCACUUCGGAGAGCCAUUGCUCUCAACGUCGGCACACGACUACGGCUUCAAACCUUUAUCACCCAGCCUCGACCUCUUUCCGUCGCCGUAUCCCAGUUCCAUGCCCGUAUUUCCACCGGGCCUCGACGACAAUAUGCCUCCCACUCUAACCUUGAAAACACCUUAGACGCCGCAGCCCUCCGCUCCUCUCAGCCGUUCUCCAUCCCGGCUAACCCCCAGACCCUCACCGAAAAGAUUGUCCAGAGAUACGCCACGGACCUCCCCCCGGGUAAGAAGGUAAAGGCAGGCGACUAUGUUACGAUACGGCCCGAGAGGAUCAUGACCCACGACAACUCUUGGCCCGUGGCCAUGAAGUUCAUGCAAAUAGGGGCCUCCAAGAUCAAUGACAACCGCCAGGUCAUUAUGACUCUUGAUCACGAUGUGCAAAACGAAACACCUGCAAAUCUUAAAAAGUACAAACAGGUGGAGGAGUUUGCUGCCCUGCAUGGUGUUAAGUUUUACCCGGCCAAAAGAGGAAUAGGCCAUCAAAUUAUGGUCGAAGAAGGACACGCCUGGCCAGGUACUCUGACCGUCGCGAGUGACAGCCAUUCCAACCAUUAUGGCGGCAUAGGAGCGCUCGGCACACCCGUUGUAAGAACCGACGCCGCUAGCAUAUGGAGUACAUCUAAGACUUGGUGGCAAAUACCUCCAAUUGCCAAGAUUACAUUCACUGGCGUCCUCCCCCGCGGCGUCACUGGCAAAGACGUGAUCGUUGCCUUGUGUGGUUUGUUCAACCAGGAUGAAGUUUUAAACCACGCCCUCGAAUUCACGGGUUCCGAAGAGACUUUGGCAAGCAUCCCUAUCGAUCACCGCUUGACGAUCGCCAACAUGACUACCGAGUGGGGUGCAUUAAGUGGAUUAUUCCCCGUUGAUGAGAAACUCAUCGCCUGGUACCGCGCCAAGGCCACCACCGCGGCCAUGUUCAACACCUCACUUAAGGACCGUAUCAACCACGAGCGCAUUGACGAGCUUGUCAAAAACAAACUAGUUGCCGACCCCGGUGCUUCUUAUGCUAAGGAGCUUUACCUUAACUUAUCUACGCUUUCUCCAUUCGUUGCAGGACCGAACUCUGUGAAAGUCAUUACCCCUGUUCGGACUCUCGAAUCUGAAGAUAUCCCUGUGAACAAGGCUUAUCUCGUUUCCUGCACCAACGCUCGAAGCUCGGAUUUCGCCGCCGCCGCUCAGGUCUUCCGCGAGGCGGCUAAGGAUGGCCAGCCCGCCAAAAUUGCUCCCGGUGUCAAGUUCUACAUCGCUGCGGCCUCCGUCCCCGAGCAAGAGGCAUCCGAGGAAGCAGGCGAUUGGAAAGUUUUGGUUGACGCUGGAGCCCAAGUUCUUCCCCCUGGGUGUGGCCCUUGCAUCGGUCUCGGUACUGGUCUUCUUGAAGAUGGCGAGGUCGGUAUAAGUGCAUCUAACCGGAACUUCAAAGGUCGCAUGGGAUCUACCAAGGCAAGGGCCUACCUAGCCAGUCCGGAAACCGUCGCAGCCAGCGCUCUUCGGGGUAAGAUCGCUGGUCCCGGUUGGUACGAGAAGCCCGAGGGUGUCGAGAAGGCUAUCAUCGGUGAGGGUAGCGGCGACCAUGUCGUCGAUAAGGCUCGGUCUGUGGAGGAUGCUCUCGACAAGAUUCUUGGCGAGGUCGAUAGCAUGAUUGCCACUGCUGAGGUCGCCGAGGGUGCCACAGAGCAGUCAUCCAGCCCCGCCGCGCCUGAGGAUGAGGCUGUGACCGAGAUCCUGCCUGGCUUUCCCGAGAGGAUUGAAGGCGAGAUCGUCUUCUGUGACGGUGAUAACAUAAACACCGAUGGCAUCUAUCCAGGUAAAUACACAUACCAGGAUAACAUCUCUAAGGAGAAAAUGGCCGAGGUGUGCAUGGAGAACUACGACACCGAGUUCCGCACGAUCGCCAAGGCUGGCGAUAUCUUGGUAACAGGCUUCAACUUUGGCUGCGGAUCCUCGAGAGAACAAGCCGCAACGGCCAUCCUCGCGAAGCAGAUCCCGCUGGUGGUGGCCGGCAGCUUCGGCAACAUCUUCAGCCGCAACAGCAUCAACAACGCGCUGCUGGGCGUCGAGCUGCCCACGCUCGUGCACCGGCUGCGCGAGGCGUACAAGGACGACCCCGAGAACAACAAGGAGAAGAAGAAGGUGCUCACCCGCCGCACGGGCUGGAAGCUGCUCUGGGACGUUCGCCGCUCCAAGGUCGUCGUCACCCAAAAGGACGGGUCCUCCUGGGAGCAGAAGGUUGGCGAGAUGCCGCCCAACGUCCAGGAGAUCAUCGCGUGCGGCGGGCUCGAGGGGUGGGUUAAGAGUAAGAUCGCUGCGGAGAAGUAAAAGGG